CUUGAGAAACCCACAUUUAGUGUUCUUUAGUUGUAAAGACUGGCUGCGCCGUCGCGACUGAAAGACUGGCGGAAUCUCAGAACAGUGCAAAAACAAUCAAAGAAAUCUGGGCGGGGAUCGAAGUGUAGUAGGAGAGGUUGGCUUCAGUUCUGAAAUUAUGACUACUAUGUCGGAGGCCGGUGACUGGUGCUUUCGCACUGGGCCUUAUCUUGGUGACAUUUCUGCACUUUGUUUUCUACAUGUACCUCGCCAUCUCUCUAUCCGUCCUUAUCUCCUUGCUGGAACGGGUUCACAGCUUCUAUUAUAUGAUCUAGAAUGUGUAGAAAUCAUCAGAUCGUUUCAAGUGUUUGAAGGUAUUCGUGUCCAUGGGAUAAUCUGUAGCUUCUUCAACUUCAAUAAGGACCUACUGAAAACAGACCAUUCUCUGUCUCCUAAAUUUGCAUUCACCAUUGCGGUAUUUGGUGAAAGGAGAGUCAAACUAUUUAAUUUACAGAUUGAGAGAAAAAAUACAGUUCAUCUGUCUUUGAUACAAUCAUUGCCCAAAUUUAGUCACUGGAUCUUGGAUGUCAGCUUCUUAAGGGAUAAUGAGAAACCCGUUCAGUAUCUUGCCAUUGGAUGCAGUGACAACUCUAUCCAUUUCUGGGAUACCGUCGGAGGCAAUGUCAUUCGAACAGUCUCCUCUCCAGAUCGGAGUCUUUUAUAUUCCAUGCGGAUGUGGGGGGAUACAGUUGAAGAUCUUCGUAUAGCAUCUGGUACUAUAUACAAUGAGAUAAUUGUCUGGAAGGUAGCUCCACUCAAUGAUUCUUCAUUGAGAAAUCCUGUGGAAAGGCAAUAUUAUGAAGCUGUAGAUAUGUGUAGGCUGGUUGGGCAUGAAGGUUCGAUAUUUCGGAUUGCUUGGACCUCUGAUGGAUCAAAACUUUUGUCUGUCUCUGAUGAUCGUAGUGCCCGGCUCUGGGUCAUUCAUACUGAAAGUAAAGAAGUUAAAGCUUCAGAUGCUCUUGGCUCACACAUAGUUGGCCCUGUUCUAUUUGGACAUAAUGCUCGGAUUUGGGAUUGUGACAUAUUCGAUAAGUUAAUCAUCACUGGUGGUGAAGAUUGUACUUGCCGUGUGUGGGACCUAGAUGGCAAUCAGCUUGUAACAAUCAAGGAGCAUGUAGGGAGGGGACUAUGGAGAUGCUUAUAUGAUCCUGGAUCCUCACUUCUUGUUACUGGUGGAUUUGACUCUGCCAUAAAGGUCCAUUGCUUGCAAGACUCCUUGUCUAGUAUACCUGAGGGGCAUGAUGAAGAUGUAAAAGGAUCAAUUAACAAAAUGAAGAUGCUUGCUAUUCGUAUCCCUAGCCCCCAACAGAAGGGAUUAAUGGACAGCAAAAGUGAAUAUGUGAGGUGCUUGCAUUUUGCACAAGAAGAUAGCCUUUAUGUAGCUACAAACAACGGUUUCAUAUAUCACGCUAGAUUAUCUAACAAGGGGGAUGUGAAAUGGACUGAACUUGUUCGUGUCAGUAAAGAAGUUCCAAUUAUUUGCAUGGAUUUGUUGUCAAGACGCUCAUCAAGCGUUCCCAGCAUUCUUGAAGAUUGGGUAGCUGUUGGUGAUGGUAAAGGGCAUCUGACAGUUAUUUAUGUUGUGAGUGAUGAUUGUGGUGUUAAGGUGUGCCAAAUAUUUACUUGGUUGGCUGAAGCGGAAAGACAGCUCUUGGCAACAUACUGGUGCAAGGAAUUAGGCAAUAGGUACAUUUUCACUGCCGAUCCUAAAGGUGCACUAAAACUGUGGAGGAUAGGUGAUCCUACACAAUCCGACUUGUGCUGUUCUGAUGAUAGUUGCAGUGUGUCUCUAGUAGCAGAGUUUGUGUCAUGCUUUGGGACAAGGAUUAUGUGUUUGAACGCAUGUCUUGAAGGGGAGAUGCUGGUGUGUGGUGAUCUACGUGGUAACUUGAUGCUGUUCCCUUUGUUACAAACCCUCCUAUCAGCUGCAACAGAAGAGAAAAUAGCUACCUUAACCCAUUUCAAAGGGGCCCAUGGGAUAUCAGGUGUUUGCAGCAUUUCAGUGUCUGUAUAUAGUUCCUGUCAAAUUGAGAUAUGUUCGACUGGAGGAGAUGGAUGUAUAUGUUAUUUGGAAUAUGACAAAUAUCGUAAAAAAUUGGAAUUCAUGGGGAUGAAACAAGUGAAAGAACUGAGUGUUAUUAAAUGUUCUACUGGUGCCAGUAAAUUGGUCAGCGGCAGUUAUGCAGUAGGGUUUUCAUCAACUAAUUUUCUAAUAUGGAACUUACUGACUGAAACAAAGGUUGUUCAUGUUCCAUGUGGUGGAUGGCGGCGACCUCAUUCUUACUACCUCGGUGACGUUCCAGAGAUUAUGAACCGCUUCGCAUUUGUCAAGGAUGAGAUCAUCUAUAUCCAUAGUCAUUGGAUGCCAAAUGAUGAGAAGAAGAUAUAUCCUCAGAGUCUCCAUGUGCAGUUCCAUGGUAGAGAGAUACAUUCCAUGUGUUUUAUUUCUGAAGAUUCCCCAAGUAGUUCCACGUGGAUUGCUACUGGAUGUGAAGAUGGAACUGUGAGAUUAACUAGAUAUGAUGUAGAUGCCAUGAAUUGGUCUUUGUCAAAAUUGCUUGGGGAACAUGUUGGUGGAUCAGCUGUAAGGUCAUUAUGCUUUGCAUCAAAAGUACAUAAAGUCGCAGCAGAUGUGAUAACAACACCUUAUGACACAAGUAGACUGAAUGUAUCCUUUGAGGACAGAGAGAAUAUUAGUCUUCUAAUUUCAGUUGGCGCUAAGAGAGUCCUAACCUCAUGGAAGCAAAGGAAAAACAUAGGAGUUUUAGACACUGUCUCAGUUGAUGGAAAUGAAAGAGCAGCCAAGUCCUUAUCAAAAUCAUCUUCAAUGUCAUUCCAGUGGCUUUCUACAGACAUGCCAGCUAAGCAUUGCAGUACACGUGAAAUCAAAGUUUACCCCAAGAAAGAGAUUAAAGCUGAUGAAAACGUUGAAAACAGUAAGGUCGAAUCACAGUCUUGCAAUACUUAUGUUUCUGAAGAUGAUUGGCGAUACCUUGCUGUUACUGCUUUUCUUGUGGAACUUUUGGGGAUGACUGUCUGCUUUGUUGUGGUGGCUUGUUCAGAUGCCACAUUAACAUUACGAGCUCUAUUAUUACCCUAUCGACUUUGGUUUGAUGUUGCUAUAUUGGAACCCUUGUUAUCACCGGUUUUGGCAUUGCAGCAUGUCGUUGUUCCUAGAGACCCAUCUCCUGAAAAUGGCAUUGACAAUGGGAGUUGUUUCCUGUUAUUCAGCGGAUCUACUGAUGGAGGCAUUGCCAUUUGGAAUCUUACCGAGAGCAUAACAGAUUUUAUGCACUCAAUAUCUGCUUCCCAAUUGGAGAAAUCUAUUGAUUGUCAGAAGCGUCCACGAACUGGAAGGGGAAGCCAGGGUGGAAGAUGGUGGAGAACACUUCAAAGAAGCGUUGGCUCGGAAAAAAAGUCUGAUAAUACCAAGGAAACGGAUGGAAACAUGCUAAAUGGUACCAUUGCAUGUUCAGAUGAAUCGGCUGAUUCUAAAACGGUUGAAUCGGAGGAUGUCGAUUCUUCCUCAUCUGAAAUAGUUAGAAUACAACCUUUGCAUGUUCUAAAUGGUAUCCAUCAAUCUGGAGUUAACUGUCUCCGUGUCUCCCAUAUACAGAAUUUAACAGGUUUAGAUUCUGGUUCGAGACACAUCAUGGUUGUUAGUGGUGGAGAUGACCAGGCAGUUAACUGUCUUCAAGUUUCUUUGGACAAAAAUUCGAGAAUGAUAGUUACUCAUCAUGAGAGAAUUGCUUCCGCCCAUAGCUCAGCUGUGAAGGGAAUUUGGACAGAUGGGAAUUGGGUAUUCUCCACGGGUCUUGAUCAGCGAGUAAGAUGUUGGCGACUUGAUAACCAAGGAAGGCUAACCGAAAGAGCUCAUCUGAUUGUCAGUGUUCCAGAACCGGAAGCUCUUGACGUGCAAUUAUAUGGCAGAGAUAGAUAUCAGAUUGCAGUAGCUGGAAGGGGUAUGCAGAUAAUGGAAUUCUCAAGCAUAUAAUCGAAGCGAAUCAGCUCGGGUGGAUGCUAUUUCUAUCUUCUUUUUAAUCCCCUUCAAUUUCACAUUUUGGUAUAAAUUUUGAUAAUUAUUUUUAGCCCAACAUAUCAUUGUUCUGUAGUUUAGCCUCAAGAACUGAAAAUGAUGAUACUUUAUGUAUUAUAUAUUAUGUUGAACAAAUUUAAGGAAAAUGGCUAAAUAGGGAUGAUCAUGUUGGUUUUUUUAAUGUGGAAUUUAUUGGGUUUCA